AUGAGUGAUGAAGAUGGUAAUACUGAAGAAGAUAAACUUGAAAUUUUGGCAAUUGAAAAAUCACCAGCAUCAGCAGGAGUUGAGCAGAAAAAAAAGAAAUUGAAAAAGGGUGUGUUUAAUAGAGAGUGGUUGAAGAUUAGUGAAUAUCAAGUAUUUUUAAAAGAAUAUAAGUUUGAUUCAUCUCAAGCAACGUGUGUUGUUUGUAAUCAACAAUUUUCAAUACAUUAUCGUGGAAAAGCUGAUAUAGAUAAUCAUAUGAAGACCAAGAAACAUGAGAAGAAUAUGAAAUCGUAUAAUGUGAAUCAACAAUUAAUAACUGAUACAAUUAAGCCUUCGAAAGAAAAAGAUGAAAUUUGUGCUGCUGAAGCUGUUCUUGUUUUUCAUGGUGUUAAACAUGGACAUUCAUAUGUGGCACAACAAUGUUUAACAGAUGUUUGCAAGACAAUAUUUUCUUCAUCAACUGUAGCGAAUCAUUUAUCAUGUGGUCAAACAAAAUCAACAUCAAUUGUAUUAAAUGUUUUAGCUCCUUACUUUACUCGAUCUUUAUUUGAUGAUUUAAAACAAUCACUUUAUUAUUCUUUGCACUUUGACGCUAGUAAUAAAGGAAAUACGAAAGUAUAUCCUUUUUGUGUACAAUUUUUAUCAUUAUCAGGUGUUAAAAAAGGAAUUGUGAAUUUGAUUGAUGAUGCUAACGAAUCAGCAAAUGGAAUAUUUGUAAAUGCACGAGCUGAUAACACGAAUGUAAACGUUGGUGAAAAUCAUUCAGUGUACUCACUGUUCAAAGAAGAAUCACCUGAUAUUCUUAAAGGAAAUUGCUAUAGCCACAUAUUACAUAACUCUGUUAAACAUGCUCAUCGUGCAUUACCAAUUGAUGUUGAACAAAUAUUACUUUCUAUUUAUUCACAUUUUUCACGUUCAACCAAAUGUAUCAAUGAACUCAAACAAUACUAUGAAAUCAUCACAUCCAUUAAAAGUAAAUUACAAGAACGUAUUGAUUCAGAUUUCUUUGGAGCAGCUUGUCGAUACAGAUUAGCACGUUUACCAUCUGAUAUACAAAAAACAUUAAAAACAUCAUUUAUUGAAUUUUUACGUGCAAUUAUUUGUUACAUUGAUUCUUACUUUGAUCAAAAUGUUACACUUUAUCAAACGAUUAGUUAUUUUGAUUUUCAAAAUAUUGAAUCAUUAACAUGGAACCAAGUCAUUCAAUGUGUUGAUUUAUUAAAAAUUAAAGGUCUGAAUGAUGAUUGUUUAUUUGAUGAAUUUACAAAUAUAAAAUCAACAUUAAAAAUAAUCUUACAACAACGUAUCUCAGUUUUUAAUCUAGUUCAGACGUUUAUUAAUAAACAAGGUGAUAUAGCAGUAACAAAUGAAUGCAAAGAAGAAAAAAAUGAUGAUGAUGCUGAUCAUUCAGAAAACAGAAUUGUGAGGUCUGAUCAGUUCUGGAUUAAUGCCUAUGUUGAGUCAGCUUUUUCACAAUUAAAAUAUUUAUGUAAUGAUAAAAGGAAUUGUAUGACAAUUGAACUUCUAUCAGCUGAAUUAAAAAUACGAUUAAAUUCAUCAUUAUCAUGCAUUGAAAUGUAUAAACAUGUUUUAUCUAAUCAAGAUUUAUUAAAAGCUAUUAAAUCAGAUGAAAAUUAUGCGUUCAAAAGAAAGUGUAUCUAA